UUCUCCUGAUACAAGAUUUUUGAGCUAACCUAACUAGCACUCUAACCUAACCUCACUAAUAACUAAACCCUGAAUCACCCACUUUCCUAGACUCCUCAAGGCUGCCAUCUGGGUAGGAACCUGACGACCUGAUGGCGGUUAAACGGCGCUUGGAGGUGCACAAUUCCUGGGCAAAAGUAGGCAGCUAGCAGGAAGAAUGGGGUCGUAUGAGGUCCAGGACAAGUAGAUAGAUUCCCGACGUCCAGAAAUGGCACCAGAGAAAGCACGGAGAGGUACUCUACCAUCUAACACAAUUCUUAACAGGACACUGGGAGAACGCAGAGUACCUACUCACUCUCAGAGUCACUGGUGAGUCAUUCUCUUGAGCGGCCUGUCGGUUCUGCGCGCUUGCUGGCUGGCUAGUCCAGAAAUAGAUGGCUCUGGCUGUGAUUUCUCUCCGUGUUACGCCUCGAAUCUCGCCAGGAAAUUGUUAUAGAGCCUCUCGGAGGUGUAGCGCACCUCACCGCAUGCGCAUUAGCCAAUCCAUGCCUGUUAUGCCGACUCAAGUUCAUAACGCUACUUUGUUACGGUAAUAUUCCUUCAUAUUCGUAUGCUGGGGGGUAUUCCAUAUCACCCAGAUCCUCCGGUACUAAGUUCUAACAUGGUCUUUGUGUAGUUUUUGGGAGCAAACGUAUUACUGGGGGGGAAUGGAGUACCUCCAGUAGGUAUACGAAGGUGUGAUUACCUUCUUCCAAAGACUAUUGUGAGAAUGCUAAGGAUAAAUAAAUAAACAUCUGCGCUACGCCAUCCACCCGCGCCUGGCUUGCUACUCCUGCAUUUCCCCUAGCAUGUCCAGCCUGGUGACCCAUCGAUUGAUGGACGCCUCCUCGCCAUCGGGAUCAAAGAACUCCAUUAGGUGGCAACGGCGCACUGUAGGAAGGUAUUCUACUACCCCCUCCUCGUCAUCUCCGCCGCCAAAGGCUCGUUACUAUCCUACUUUGGAGAAGGCGUCAGGCACUCGUCCAUUUCCAUUGUCAUGAUAUCAUCAUCAGACAUUUUAGAAACUUCAUAAAAAGAAAAUCUUCACGUCCUUUAGUUUCCACUGGUGGUUUCGCCUUCGCCUACGCCUUUUUUUUACGGACAAAAUAAUUUUGUCUGUAAAUUUAAUGGAAAUGACAAAUCUUGUAAAAAAUGAGGCCUUUUAACACUUACGCCGGCCCUGUAGAAAGCUUUUACCUAAUGGGAUUUUUUUGAUUCAAUGCAAUGGGAAAAAAUUCCCAUUGGUUAAAAGUAAACAAAUAACCUCAAUGUUUUCAAUCAAUAGGGCUCCCUUUUGAAGUCCUUUUUUUUAAUAAUGCAAAAUGAGCGUAGGGAAAAAAAUUAGCUUUGGCAAAAUAAGCACGAACUUCGGACAGAAUGCGACCGUCGUCGAGGCGACCGGCGGCUUCGGCACGUUCGGGCCGACCCCCACGAAACCGAUACAAAUCGAAAAUCUCGAAGAUGACAACUACGAGCACCAGCAAAUGAAGGAGGUGAUGGGAAUCGCGAAUUUCGGCAAGAAGGCCAAGUCCUUCGAUAUAAAGGAGAUGAUGGCCCAGGUGACGAAGACGGCGAAGGAAAUCACGAGGCCGGCGGAGGCGGCGAACAGUUCGGAUAGCAGCGACGAGGAGGACGACGACGAUCUCAUCGGCCCGCCCGUGCCGAAGUCAUUCGAGUUCGGGCGAGGAUCUACGGCCGCAAGCGCGCCGGAUUCGGAUAGCGAGACCGAGACGGGCGAGAUGCCACACUUUAUUCCGUGCGAACGCGAGACUAUCAUGACUCACGGUAACAAGGCGAUUACCGCGUUGUCUACCGAUCCGAGUGGAGCACGUUUGGCUUCUGGGUCGGUUGACUACGACGUUAGCUUCUGGGAUUUUGCCGGAAUGGAUUCGUCGAUGCGAAGUUUUCGAACGCUGCAGCCGUGCGAUAAUCAUCCGAUUCGCUACCUUCAGUACUCCUCGACCGGCGACCUCCUCUUGGUGGUAUCGGGCGCCGCACAGGCCAAGGUUUUAGAUCGUGACGGCUUCGAGCAGCUCGAAACGGUCAAGGGCGACAUGUACAUCACCGACCAGGCGCAAACGAAGGGCCACACGGCCGGACUUCUAGUCGGCGCGUGGAACCCGAUGGUGCGCGAGGAUUUCGUCACGACGUCGUCCGACGGAACCGCGCGCAUCUGGAACAUCAACAACUCGAAGAACCACGCGCACAUAAUCAAAUUUCGCGCGCAGAACGGCCUCAAGACUUCGGCGACGGCCUGCACGUACAGCCGAGACGGACACACCUUGGCGUGCGGCUGCUCGGACGGUUCGAUUCAGCUCUGGGACUUGAGGAAGAGCGUCGUCGCGCCGGUGGCCUUAAACCGAAAGGCUCACAGCCCGACCGAUGUGACCGCCGUCAAUUACUCGCACAUCGGACAGCACUUGGUCAGCCGUAGCUGCGACGAAACCUUGAAACUGUGGGACAUUCGCAAGUUGAAAGAAAACGUGAAGGUCGCCAGUGGUCUCUACGCGCGCUACGACACCACCGACGCCAUCUUCAGCCCUAACGACAAACUAGUAGUCACGGCGACCUCUGUCGCGAAUGACAAAGAGUUCGGUCAACUCCUUUUCUACGACUCGACCUCAUUCGACCUGGUCCGUUCGCUUAACGUCGCCGGCACGCACGUCAUCAAAAUCCUCUGGCACACGAAGCUCAACCAAAUCUUCACCGGUAUCGGCAACGGCCUGAUCAAGUGCUACUACGACGAGAAACGGAGCAUGCGCGGGGUCACCCUGUGCACGGCUAAGCUGCACCGUCGCGUCAAGCACGCGGAAAUCGUCAGCACGCAGCAGGUGAUCACGCCGCACGCGCUUCCGCUCUUCCGACAGGAACGACGCAAAACCAGCCGCAAGCAGAUGGAAAAGGACCGUCUGGAUCCGGUCAAAUCGCACAGACCCGACCUGCCGAUUACGUCCGGCCAGGGCGGUCGUCUGGCGUCGAGCGGCGGAACGCUCAGCAGUUACGUCAUACGAAAUUUGGGCCUGAGCAAGAGGGUGGACGACGAUCAGGAUCCGCGCGAGGCCAUUUUGAAGUACGCGAAGGAGGCGGCCGAGAAUCCCUACUGGAUCGCGCCGGCGUACGCGAAGACGCAACCGACCACCAUAUUGGAGGGGACGUCUGAAGAGGAGCCAGCAAGCAAAAAAUCAAAACCAGGCUAAUCUUUUUAUCUGUAUUUGUCAAUUGUUUUUAAAUGUAAAUAAAUUCUAUCUCACUA